AUGGUCAGUACAGAUGCAACCAUCAUAAGCAUAACUGCAUUUCUGAUCUGUGUUGGAGCACCGACUGUAUUUGUUUCCAGUAGUAAUCCUGGUGCCCAUCUAACAGUGAAGAAAAUUUUUGUAGGUGGUAUUAAAGAAGAUAUGGAAGAGUAUAAUUUGAGAGACGACUUUGAAAAGUAUGGCAAGAUUGAAACCAUAGAAGUUAUGGAAGACAGGCAGAGUGGAAAAAAGAGAGGAUUUGCUUUUGUAACUUUCUAUGAUCAUGAUACAGUUGAUAAAAUUGUUGUUCAGAAAUACCACACUAUUAGUGGGCAUAAUUGUGAAGUGAAAAAGACCCUUUCUAAACAAGAUAUGCAGUCUGCUGGAUCCCAGAGAGGUCGUGGAGGUGGAUCUGGCAAUUUUAUGGGUCGCAGAGGAAACUUUAGAGGUGGUGGAGGUAAUUUUGGCCAUGGUGGAAACUUUGGUGGAAGAGGAGGUUAUGGUGGUGGAGGCAGUGGCAGCAGAGGUAGUUAUGGAGGAGGUGAUGGUGGAUAUAAUGGAUUUGGUAAUGGUGGCAACUAUGGCGGUGGUCCUGGUUAUAGUAGUAGAGGGGGCUAUGGUGGUGAUGGACCAGGAUAUGGAAACCAAGGUGGUGGAUGUGGUGGCGGUGGUGGAGAAUAUGAUGGUUACAGUGAAGGAGGAAAUUUUGGCGGUGGUAAGUAUGGUGGUGGUAGGAACUAUAAUGAUUUUGGAAAUUAUAGUGGACAACAGCAAUCAAAUUAUGGACCCAUGAAAGGGGGCAGUUUUGGUGGAAGAAGCUCGGGCAGUCCCUAUGGUUGUGGUUAUGGAUCUGGUGGUGGAAGUGGUGGAUGUGGUGGCAGAAGGUUCUAAAAGCAGCAGACAAGGGCUACAGUUCUUAGCAGGAGAGAGAGCGAGGAGCUGUCAGGAAAGCUGCAGGUGACUUUGAGACAGUCGUCCCAAAUGCAUUAGAGGAACUGUAAAAAUCUGCCACAGAAGGAGCGAUGAUCCAGUCAGAAAAGUUACUGCAGCUUAAACAGGAAACCCUUCUUGUUCAGGACUGUCAUAGCCACAGUUUGCAAAAAGUGCAGCUAGUGAUUAAUGCAAUGUAGUGUCGAUUAGAUGUACAUUCCUGAGGUCUUUCAUCUGUUGUAGCUUUGUCUUUUUCUUUUUCUUUUCAUUACAUCAGGUAUAUUGCCCUGUAAAUUGUGGUAGUGGUACCAGGAAUAAAAAAUUAAGGAAUUUUUAACUUU